GUCUACUGUGUGUCGGGGGAAGAGCUAGACGUUUGCUGGACCGCAUUUUGUGGCUUCUAUUCGCUGUGGACUGCUUAGAAAUAACCUGGGAGACCUCCGAGCUACGCAAUGAAAUGACAAGAUAGAGAAAUGCAAUGAAUAUAAAACUUGGAAUCAGUAUGAAGAAACAUUUCCUUGUACCCAAGAUGGAAAUGUGGAUGUGAAAGAAACAGACACACACAAUGAUGUUAAGAUCCAUGAAACACACUGCAGUGGAGGGAAACCUUAUGCAUGUAAGCAAUGUGGGAAAGCUUUUACCAAACGUGGAAAUUGUCAGCAACAUGAAAGAAUUCACACUGGAGAGAAACCAUACAUAUGUAAGCAAUGUGGGAAAGCUUUUACAACACGUGGGUAUUGUGAAAUACAUGAAAGAAUUCACACUGGAAAAAAACUCUGUGUAUGUAAGCAAUGUGGGAAAGUUUUCACUACACCUGGAGCUUGUCAAAUACAUGAAAGAAUUCACACUGGGCAGAAACCCUACGUAUGUAAGCAAUGUGGGAAAGCUUUCACAACACUUUCAUGUUGUCAAAGACAUGAAAGAAUUCUUACCGGGCAGAAACCCUAUGUAUGUAAGCAAUGUGGAAAGGCUUUCAGCACAAAAUGCUCUUGUCAAUCACAUGAAAUCACUCACACUGGGGAGAAAUCAUACAUGUGCAAGCAAUGUGGGAAAGCUUUCAGCAGAAACACUCAUUGUUGAAGACAUGAAAGAACUCACACUGGGGAGAAAGCAUAUAUGUGUAAGCACUGUGGGAAAGCUUUUACCACAAAUGCAAAUUGCAAAGCACAUGAAAGACUUCACACUGGAGAGAAACCUUAUGUAUGUAAGCAAUGUGGGAAAGCUUUUACGACACAUGGGUAUUGUCAAAUACAUGAAAGAAUUCACACUGAAGAGAAACCUUAUGUAUGUAAGCAAUGUGGAAAAGCUUUUAACAGGUGCAGUUAUCGUACAAUACAUGAAAGAACUCACACUGGAGAGAAACCCUUUGUAUGUAAGCAGUGUGGGAAAGCUUUCUCCACACAGCGAUAUUGUCAUAUACAUGAAAGACUUAACACUAGAGAGAAACCCUAUGUAUGUAAGUAGUGUGGAAAAAAGUUUCACCAGGCACAGUCAAUGUAAAACACAUGAAAGAACUCACAUUGGGUAUUAAUCCUAUGUAUGUAAGCUUUCACCACAGGCAAAUCUUAUCAUAUACAUGAAAGAAUUCACACUGGGGGAAACUCUAUGUGUGUGACUAGUGUGGGAAAGGUUUUAGUACAGUCAUUGGCAAACAUACAAAAGAAUUCACACAGGGUUUCUAUGGAAAAUGAGAUAAUGUAGUAACCUUUGUUCAUUUUCUGUUAUUUGGUUCUGAAUGUCCUGUAAUACUUUCAUUCUCUUGAAUGGUUUUAUGCUAUUUUGUUAUGUUUGAUACUAUUGUAUAUGAAGUUAUACUCAACUUUCAAAGAAAGAGACAUUAUGGUAGCUACAGUUAACUAUGGGUUGUCUUGUGGUGAAAUACUGUGUUGCUUACAUGGUUCUGUUCUGAUCUGCUUUGUUAUGUCCUCUUUUGUUUUAAUCUCUUUAAAAUUAAAAAAAUUUAAAAAAGAAUUCACACAAGGAAUAAACACUGCCUACAUAUAAGCAAUGUGGGAAAGCUUUCAGCAGGCCCAGUGAAUGUAAUAUACAUGAAAAAAACUUAACUGGGCAGAAGCCAUAUGUGGGUAAGUAAUGCGGAAAUGAUGCCUGCCCACACACUAUUUGAAACAUAUGAAAGAAUCCUCAAUGGGUACACAUUUAAUAUAUAUAAUGUUGUUGAGCUGGGUGUGGUAGCCCAGGCCUAUAAUCCCAGCAGUCCAGAGAGUGAGGCAGGAGGAUCAUUGUGAGUUCAAGACCAGCCUGGGCUACUAAGUAAGCUCAAGGGCCACCUAAACUGCAUAUUGAGACCUUGUCUCAAACAGAAAUACAAACAAAAUAUAUAUAUAAAGAUCUUGUUUUGAAAAUCUGGUGAAAAUUUCUCAUGUGGAGACCAGAAGAAAUAAUUAGUACAAGAUAUUUGAUAUCAAUAUUUCUUCACAAAUGUUCCAGAAAAUACAAAUCUGAGGUGGAGCGCUCCUAAAUUACUAUGUGGUAUGGUUUUCAAUAAGUCACUUAUAAAUAUCCAGAUUUUGUACGUAUAGGAUUUAAUAUAAAAAAUACUGAGUUGAUGUAAAUUUGCAUUUUUGAGUGUCUUUGUGCUUAACCAUAGUGUGUUUUAAUUAAACGUGAAUUGAAAUUCACAUUUUACUUUCAAGUAUGGUUAAUGUCUUUGUAGUUAAUGUUUUGUCUUUAAAACUGGAAGAUAUAGGCCACUAAUGACUCCAUUUUUGUAUUAUUUUUAUUAAUUGUUGGGAUUUUUGCCUCUUAUGUUUUUGUUCAAUUUUUGAUGCCUAUACUUCAUCUUUGGUGUAACAAAUGAUGUUUCUGAAUUUGAUGCUACAUAUUAUAUUAAGAUACACAAUUUCAGAGGCUUGUGGGCAUGUGUUUUUGACAAAGUUGAGUUAUUUUUCACACAAUUUGUAGAUUGGCAAAUGUCGUGUUAUUCAUAUUGUGACAAGAUACCUGCUUAUACCCUAACGUCAUUGUCUCUCAUGUCAUGUACAUUGUGUUGCCUGUUUUUUUUUCUUAUUGUUGCCAAUGUUACCAUUUACAUAAACAUUUAUAUUUUCUUGCCACCCAAAUUUUACUUGUCAUGUUUAUAUUGCAUUGAUUUUUACUUUAUUGUUAUUUUUUGAUCAUAUGUACCAAAAAUAAACCAUACUACUGUGAAUUUCUGAUUGCUCCAAACCAGCUGAACCAUAAAUUGUUUUGAAAAGCAUAUCAGGAAUUAUAGUAAUAUUUCCAGGAAGUAUAAACAAUAGUAUGAUUCAUCAGUAACAACACACCAAAAGGAAAUUUUCUCAGUUGCUUUUGGGAAAUUGGUUGAUACCAAAAUGUAUUUUAUUCUAUUUGUAAUUAUUAUUGCUUUUUCUUAAUACACUGAACUAAUGAAUGGAAGGAAAAUCUAAAUUGUGAGUUAUCAGUGUUGUAAAAGAUGAAUGUGCUGUUUUUAACCAGUUUUUGAGAUAAAUCUAUACAAUACCAUUUCAGUGUUCAUGAGAACAUUGUCUGAUGUUUGCAGUAUGUACCAGUUGCUGUCAAUCCCCUGUCAAUCACACUGACCUGUAUUUUUCACUCUUUUUAACAUAGGUGUAAUUUGUAAAGUUCUUAAUACACUGUUCUUGAAUACAAAAACUACUCAAAUUCUGAAAGAAUUAUGUUGACACAAACCUAUGGUAUUAGGAAAACAUCUGUGAGUACUACAUUACGUAUCCCUAGUACAAUGAGUAUAGUUUUAUUUAGUCUGAAUUAUGCUCCAACACAUAAACUGUUCACCAAUUGUGUAAUUUCUUCUAAAAUUAUGUCAAUUUCAUAUCUGACAUAUAUAGUUCGUGGACUAGAGACUGUACAGUGCCAAUUUUUAUAACUUACAACAUGUGGCCAACUUCCCUGGAGCACAUUUCUGAUUACUGUCACAAGGAAAAUAUGUCCUGUGUAUUGCUCUUCCAGCUUCUAAUUGAAUAUUGAAUCUUUAUGACAUUUGUCCUGAGUACAUUUAUCUUCUCAUUUUACCAUGAAAAUAAAAGUUGAUGGUACUAUUGAUGCAUACUUGUAAUCCCAGGAACUUAAGAGGCUUCACUGGGUGGAUAAAACAGUUGCAUUCAGCCUGUUCAACUUGGUAGAAUCUUGUUUCAAAAUAUAUCUUCAGUUUCUGCA